AUGGCUCCAAUUUCAAUCGCCGACCUUGUGGCUGCUUUGCCCUCAGAGGACUCAUGGGGUCCCUCCAACACUGGUGACAACAUGCUCGAUGGUGUCCCAUACGCACCCUUCUCAAAGGGCGACAAGUUGGGCCGUAUGGCCGACUGGACUGCUGAGUCCAAGGACCGCGAACGUCAGGGUCGCCCGCAAUAUAACCGUAACUUCAGAGAUCAGCAAGUGUACGGUGCCGGAUCAUCCAGCUUGUUCACUGUCCAGACCGCUGAAGACGAGUCUUCUUUCUCCGUCGUUGACAACACUCGCACAUCCACCAAGCGCACUUUCGGCCGUGGCGGAGGCACUGUUUUCCGUGGCCGUGGAGGUCAACGUGGCGGCGCUGGCCAGCGUGGUGGCCGUGGUGGCUUCCAGCGUGCCGGUGCUGGCCGUGGUAAUGACCGUUACUUCGACAACCGUGGUGGUCGCGGUGGUGGUCGCGGUGGCCGUCGCUUCGGCUGGAAGGACUGGGACAAGCCUCAACGUACUCGUGAGCCCUCUGUUGCCAUCCGCCCUGAGUGGCAGAUGCUUGAGGAGGUUGACUUCAACCGUCUAUCCAAGCUGAACCUUGAGGCUCCCGAGGGUGAGGAUCUCGACACCUACGGUUUCCUGCACUACUACGACCGCUCCUACGACAAGCCUCCCGUCAAGGGCUCUGAGCGUAAACUCCAGUCCCUCGAACGUGCCGCUUACAACGUCACUACUUCCCAGGAUCCCGUCAUUCACGAGCUUGCAGAGAAGGACGAGGCCACCAUUUUCGCUACCUCUGACAUUCUUUCCAUGCUCAUGUGCGCUACCCGCAGCGUUUAUUCGUGGGAUAUCGUCAUUGUCCACCAGGGCAACAAGAUUUACCUCGACAAGCGUAUUGGCGCUUCAAUUGAUCUCGUCACUGUCAAUGAGAACGCUUACGAUGCUCCCCUUGAGAUCUCUGAGGCCUCUGGCAAGCAGGACCAGAUCAACACCCCCAGCGCUCUGGCCAUGGAAGCCACCUUCAUCAACCACAACUUUGCUAUGCAGACUGUGACCGAGUCCCAGCAGGCCAAGGUCGGCUUUGCUAAGCCCAACCCCUUCUACAAUGAGGCUGAGGAAACCGAGCCCCUCGCCUCCAAGGGAUACAAGUACCGCCGCUUCGAUAUCUCGCUGGAGCGCGAUGAGGAGCCCCUGAAGCUUGUUGUCCGAACCGAGGUCGAUGCCGUCAUGAAGAACCCUACCGUUGGUGGCCCCGAUCAGCAGCUAGUUGUCAAGGCCUUGAACGAGUUCGACAGCAAGGCCCCUGGCUCCGGCAGUGCCCUCGACUGGCGCAGCAAGCUAGUUUCCCAGCGUGGUGCCGUCAUUGCCACCGAGAUGAAGAACAACUCCUCCAAGCUCGCUCGCUGGACCACCCAGGCUAUCCUGGCCAAGGCCGACGGCAUCAAGCUGGGUUUCGUGUCUCGUACCAACCCCCGCUCUGCUUCUAGCCACGUCAUCCUCGGCGUUGUCGGCUACAAGCCCAAGGAGUUCGCCACCCAGAUGAACCUGAACCUCGGCAACGGAUGGGGUAUUGUCCGCACUGUUGUUGACCGUAUCCGCGCUCUGGAUGCCGACGAGCCUGCCGACGCUGUCAAGAAGUACGUUCUGAUCAAGGACCCUAACCGUUCGGUCCUGCGUCUGUACAGCGUCCCAGCUACUACCUUUGAGGAUGAUGAUGAGGCCGAGGCUGAGGAUGCUGAUGAGCAGGGAGACAAGGAUGAUGAGGAUGAUGAGUAG